AGGGGAGUCCAACAAUCGUUACGUACCAUAAACAAGAACGGAGAGUGACGUGAUGAUUCUGCUUAGAAUCGGGAGACAGCGAUUUAUUGGAAAACCGUAAUCAUUCUAUGUAUCAGAAACUCAACUCAAUGGGGCGAGGAUGCCACUUAAGUCGUCGAUUUUUCGGUAGUGAUUACCCUGCACGAAGAGCUUCUGUUCUAAAAAUAAAACGACAGCACCGGUGAAAACUGGGGAGAUAGCGGGGGGAAUGAUCAAGGUUUGGGUUUCAUGCCUCACAGCGAAGCACACCGUGUCUGCUCUCGCCGAAGUCUAAGCUCUGCAGCUCCACACCAACGCAUCUUCGGGGAAUUUCUCCUUUUUCAACAACUUAUAUAUCAAUUGGAUUGAAGGUACUUGAUUAUUUUUCAAAUAGUGUAAAUAUGUGCUAAUGGGAUACCCCCGCCGGCUUGUAAAUGAUGUGUUGUGAUGCAUCUCUGAAGAUUCUUGAUUUGGUAGGGCCGUGGAGUACUGCCAAAUCACAACUUUACAGAUUGAAUAUAUACGAAUGCUUUUGAAAGUGGUAAAACGCGUGGUAUUGCCAAUCAGCUGUCAGCAAUUGGAUCAGCAAACACAGGAAAGAGAAUAUGUAGGUUUUUUGAGUUUCGGAGGGGUAGACUGAUAGACACAGUUGUUUUGUAUGUUCCAUGCCCAGUUCCAUGAGAGUUAUUUAACGAUAAAAUCCCGUAGAUAGGAUUUCGAUUGAUUAUGCGUUGUAAAUAUUAGCCUUAUGAUGACCGCUAUGAAUAAUGAAUUAAACAGGAGUACGAGUAUCAGUGCACCCAUAUGAUAUGUCUGCCGGCAUGGUGGAGCGGAACUCGACAUGAUCGUCCACGCUAACAAUUUCUCUAACCGGGUGAACUACUCGUUUUGGGAUGAAACCUUCAACAAUACUGUUUACAAACCAUCCGGUAGAAAGUCUUUUCCAAUUUGGGACAGGGGAGGACCUGAUAUUGUUCCAGGAGUCUUAUUGCUUAUUUUUACCGUGGUUGGAUCUGCUUUAAAUGUUUUUAUCAUUAUUGCAAUAGUCCCAAAUCGUCGUUUACGGACCGUCCGCAAUAUACUAUUAGUUCAUCUAGCUGUGGUUGGAAUAUUUUCGUCUGUGAUUACAACGUUGUUUUCUGCAGUGGUCGUUCUCACUGGGCGCUGGAUUGGAGGAGACCUUUCUUGCCAAAUUUAUGGAUUUUUACAGUCAAGCUUUACAAUAGUGACAGCGUGGACCAUUGCUGGAUUAAGCUGGGAUAAGUAUAACACCAUUGCAUCUCCACUGCAUCAUUCAUUAACAGCAACAAUAAAAAAGAUGUCUUGUUUAUUUGGUGCAUACUGGCUAAUUGCAAUUGUGAUAGCGCUUCCGCCAUUACUAGGAGGAAAUGAGUACGUAUUUCAUCGAAUCCAAGGAAUCUGUUUCAUAAACCAUCUUCAAAUUCCAGGGCACUGGUACUUAGGCAUUGUUAUGAUUGUCAUGUUUUAUCUCCCUCUUUCUGUGAUGUUGUACUGUUACACACAUAUAUUCAAAAUUGCAAGGACUCAAAGCAGUCGAAUCGCUGCAACAAUGGUAAGAAUGGCUUGCGUGGUGCAAGUUCCGAUCGCGCCAAACAGUCAAGCGACUCAAAUGAAUUCAUCAUCAAUCAAAGGCACCAAAGCAAUGAUGACAAUAUUUCAGUUAAUAGGGGCAUUUGCGCUCACGUACAUUCCUUAUUCCAUUGUGAUAAUUAUUGAGGCAUUUAUUGGAAGAGAAUACAUUCACACGACAGUGUUUUCAGUUGUGACUACUUUGUAUCAAGCGGCCCCAAUGACAAACGGGGCCGUAUAUGGUAUUAGAAAUAAAAUUCUUCGAAAUUCUUUCUACAUCUACACAAGAAGGAAAUUUCAACAUUUAAGAUACAAAGACAAAAGAAAAGGAAGUAUAAGAAGAUCGUCUUCUUUUAGAAUGUCUCUUUUGCAAAGGAAAAAUAAUCAAAAUGGUGACAUUGGAGGUAGCUUAAGAAGGACACAGUCGCUACAACCACGUCAUGUGUCACGACAACCAAAGGACAGUCUUCAUCCACCAAAUGAUUCUAACAUCCGAAAAGCUCACUCAUUUACAUUGGGAAAUGGUCACCUGGCACUUCAACUUCCGGUUUUAGAAGUCGAUGAGCCCAAUGCACAAACUGAAGUUUCCAAUAGAAGUGAAGACUUCGUGGCUAAUGUAUCUUCUGACGAAAGUUAAGGGCAAAUGAUGCACAUAAUAUGGACAUUUAUUAGUGCUUUACAACUAGUGAUGAAUAACGAUACAUAGGUGUCCUGAUGGUCAGUAGAUUGUAUCGAUGUUAUCAGUAGGUAACGUUGGGGACCAACACUUUAAAUUGAUGUACUAAAUACAAGAACUGCAUCAAAUUUUUACCAUGGCAAACCGCGCAUACGUAUAUGUAUUUAGGGGAAGCUUCAAGAAAGAUCCCCCAUACAUUUAUGACAUUUUUGGAAGAAAUUAUGAACAAACAAUACAAAGUAAGUACAUGUAUGAUAAAUCUGAUCAUAUGACCUUGACCUUGUCAGCAAUAAAACAAUAAGAUUACAGGAAAUGAAAAGCGUUGGUAUAUACAACCAGAUGUCAGAACUCAAGCGCGUCCAUGCACGUGCUUUUUUGCAUCGUAAUUAUGUCAAACUGAUGGUAAAGAGCACACCUUAUUCAUGUUGUAUUUGUUAAAAAAUAAAGUGCUGUUUAUUAUGUA